CCCCGGCGGCGCGGUGGAGCGCAGAGGAGCCGGAGCCGGUGCCGAGGGGCAACGGUGCAGGGGAGGAUGGAGGCCAGCAUGGACCUCCUGCACGACACGGGCGUCCAGGCGACGCGCUGGCUGCAGGAGCAUUUCCAGGGCUCCCAGGAUUGGUUCCUCUUCAUCUCCUUCGCUGCUGACCUCAGGAACGCUUUCUUCGUCCUCUUCCCCAUCUGGUUCCACUUCAGCGAGGCGGUGGGCGUCAGGCUCAUCUGGGUGGCCGUGAUCGGCGACUGGCUCAACCUCGUCUUCAAGUGGAUCCUCUUUGGGGAGAGACCAUACUGGUGGGUUCACGAGACGGAUUAUUACAGCAACACCUCUGCCCCGGAGAUCCAGCAGUUCCCACUCACCUGUGAGACUGGCCCAGGGAGCCCCUCUGGCCAUGCCAUGGGUGCAGCUGGCGUGUACUACACCAUGGUGACAGCACUCCUCUCUGCUGCCAUGGGGAAGAAGCAGUCGAGGACACUUAAAUACUGGGUGCUGUGGAUGGUGCUUUGGACGGGGUUCUGGGCAGUUCAGGUCUGCGUCUGCCUCUCCCGAGUCUUCAUCGCCGCCCACUUCCCCCAUCAGGUCAUCGCGGGGGUCAUCUCAGGGAUGGCCGUGGCCAAGACCUUCCAGCACGUCCACUGCAUCUACCACGCCAGCCUCCGCCGCUACCUGGGCAUCACCUUCUUCCUCUUCAGCUUCGCCAUGGGCUUCUACCUCCUGCUGCGGGUGCUCGGUGUGGACCUGCUCUGGACACUGGAGAGGGCACGGAAGUGGUGCGCCCACCCCGAGUGGGUCCACAUCGACACCACCCCCUUCGCCAGCCUCCUCCGUAACCUGGGGAUCCUCUUCGGGCUGGGGCUGGCCCUCAACUCCCACAUGUACCUGGAGAGCUGUCGGGGCAAGCAGGGCCAAAAGCUGCCCUUCCGCUUGGGUUGCGUCACCGCGUCCCUCCUGGUCCUGCACCUCUUCGAUGCCUUCAGGCCGCCCUCCCACAUGCAGCUGCUCUUCUACGUCCUCUCCUUCUGCAAGAGCGCGGCCGUGCCACUGGCCACCGUCGGCCUGAUCCCCUACUGCCUCUCCCAGCUCCUGGCCACGCAGGACAAGAAGGCUGUUUAGGGGUGUCCCCGCAGGUAUGGCUGCGCCCGGGCUCGGGGGCUGCCACCGGACCACGGCUGCACCCCAGGCACCGUUUGCUCCCCGCUGAACCCACAGACUCCACUGGGGAGCAGACCACCAGGACCGGGCUGCCAGAGCUGCUGGGUGGCUCCCGGGGCAUGGACCCAUGGGGACACUCGUGCCGUACGCUUGGGUGGUCUGUGCCCACCUGAUGGCACAACAAGCCCCAUGAUCCUGGGGCUGUCCCACUGCUCUUCCUGUGCCCAUGGGAGGGGGGCAUCAGCCUGGGACCUGGCAGCAGCGGGGGGAAGACCCUGCACUCCCCUGCAGCUCAUGUGGACGUGCCACACGGGUGGGACUUGUGGCCACCACUGGGAGCAGGGUGGUCCCCCGUGGGGGCACGGGGUCUGCUGGCAUGGUGGCUGUCACAGGGACAGGCAGACACUGCCACGGGGAGACAAAGCACUGGUUUGUGGGACCCUCCCCCCUUACAGGACCCCCCCAGCCCCAAGGUGUUGUGUUCACUGCAGUGCGAGAUGUGGGGCACACGGGGCAGGGGUGUGUGUGUACAUGUAUGAUGUAUAUCUACAUACACAUAUACAUAUGGGCAUGUCUGUAAAGCAGGUAUUUUAUUAAAGCUGAGCCUGUGUUCAGCUGGUGAGUUCGACGUCUCCCCGGAUGGUGGGAUGGGGCAUCAUCUCCCAGGCCCAGGGGCUGCGGGGGGGUGGUUUUAGGGGGGCAGCUUUGGGAUCAGCUCUCCUGGGGACCUGAAGGUUUGUUCCCGACCUCUUGCUGUACCACCUCUAGCAAGAAGGGUGACAUUUCCCCAAUGACCUGCGGUGCUUCCCCAGGCUGCGGCUCCACAGCGCCCUGCAGUCUCUGCAGCUGAGAUUGCAACAGCCAAUUUCAGCAGCAAAAGCUCGAUUCGUUUUCUCUCCACUCGUUGGCAAAUAUCACACCCAAACCCUCUGCGUCUUACCAGUAUUCUGUGGUUUGUUUUUUUUUAAAAUGCAUCCAACUUAUUAUAAAUAACCGUCCUCACAAAGCAAUCACUCCUCAGGAACUGGUACGAAGUAAAAAGUCACAAUGUAAAUUGCAAACGGGAAGGCCCCCUUUUGGCUUUAGGAAGCCUACGAAAUGGUUAAAUAAUGACUACUUUUAAUCACUGAA